CUCUGAUCGAUGCCCACAUGUUGAUGCCGUGCUCACGUCUCCCGUGCUCAUCGUGGACCCUUCCCAGGCUGGGGUGCCUGAGUUUGUCUGCCGGCUGCGCUUUGUGCUGCAAGGAGAGGGGGUGUUCAUCUCUGGGAACGCAGGAGCUGGCUUUAUAAAGUCACCGCUGUCUCAAAAGAGACUGACGCAGGACAGCGUGGAGUUGUACUGCGAGGCGAUUGGCAAUCCCAUCCCCGAGAUCCAGUGGUGGUUCGAGGGGGACGAGCCCAAUGAGACCCAUGCUCAGCUCUGGGAUGGCGCACGGCAGGACCGUGUCAAAAUCAACGCCACCUACAACCUGCACUCCACCAGCACCAUCUCCAUCGCAAACCUCACGAGUGACGACUCGGGCAUGUAUGAGUGCCGGGCCAGCAACGACCCCGACCGCAACCACUUGUCGAAGAGCCCCAAAGUCAAGUGGAUCCGUUCCCAGGCGAACAUUUUUGUCAUCGAACGUCCAGACAUCAGAUCUCACGUGAGUUUCGAAUCUGGCAAGCUGGUGCUCAGCUGUAACAUGAGCGUGUCGCACCUUGCCAUCGAGGGCCACGAGUGGGUGCAUGGGGACAAGACCCUGCAGACGGACACGGAGUCGACUACGUUCACCAGCUACACAAUUGAGGGGAAGAUGGAGGAGCACUCUGGCGUCUACGAGUGCGUCUACAAAACGAGCCCGAUGAUAAAAGGACAAGUGAAUAUUUCAGUUCCACCGCAAGUGAUGGCGUACAAGAAGUCUGAGCACGGGAAUGAGGGGGACACGGGCGUGCUGACCUGCAAGAAUCCCUCUUUCCCCCCUGUCAUCACUUGGGCCUGGUACAAGAACGGGCAGGAGGCCAUCGUCAACGGCUCGGGGCGGUACAUCAUCAAAUCUGGGGACAACAAGACGGAGCUGCGCAUCCUGAAGCUGAACACGGAGGAGGACGCGGGUGACUACCACUGCAACGCCACCAACUCCUUCGGCCUGGGCAGCGCCACCGUCAACCUGCGCGUGCGCAGCCGCCUGGCCGCGCUCUGGCCCUUCCUGGGCAUCGUGGCUGAGGUCCUCGUGCUUGUCACCAUCAUCUUCAUCUACGAGAAGAGGAGGAAGCCAGAUGAGGUUCUCGAUGAUGAUGAUGGAGGUUCUGCACCUCUGAAAAGCAACGCCAGCAACCACAAGGACAAGAAUGUCCGCCAGAGAAACGCCAACUGAGCGGGGCCGGGUGAUGCGUAGAUGAAGAAUUCGUCUGGACAAUUUUGUUUUCUUCUAAUUUUUUUUUUGGUAAAAUAGCACCAUGGAAUAUUCUAGUGUGUCCUUGCGAUUCAGUUACUUCACUUUCUAAAGAAACUUUAAGUUGUAGAAUCUAAAAUACACUUCUUUUUUUUUUAAAGAGUUGUGGGAGGGUUUUUCUACCUGUAAAUGUAAGCCCCUUGUCUCUGAUAGUCUAGGUCACUGGCUAUCUCUGUCCUCGGUGUCUUU